AUGAGAAAUGAAUUUGGCAAAGUGAGUCACAAAUUAACAACGUGCGAUAACAAAAGCAAAGGUACCAAAUGCUUUAGGUGCCACGAAUUCAGGCAUAAAUUGCUCGAUUGUAAGAAAAAAAAAAUCAAAGAAGUCGAAGGAGGAUGCCGAAGAGGACACGAAGAAGGUCGAAUCUAUACGAAGUUCGUAUGGUUAUAUCCUACUAAAACAGUAAGUCUAAGGAAGCUAUUGAGAAGCUCGAGCUACAGAAGAGCGUUUUCGAUAACUCAACUCGAAUUAUUUCUGACAGAAGCACCGUCUUCACUUCUGUUGAAUUUGAGAACCACUGCUACCAGAAAGACAUUGAACACAUCAAAGUUACGAUGGACCCAGAUCUAA